UGGCUCGCUCGCUCCCUCAUGCCAUGCUGGGCCAGCGCGGCUCCGCCAGCCCUGUGUUUACCCAUAUCCGGGUUAGGGAGGAAAGGAGGAGAAAAAAAAAAAAAAAAAGUUUCAUUUAAACCUGAACAAAAAACUUUCAACAUGAAAUCACACAGCAGGAACAGGCGCGGACCGUAAGGCGUUCUUACCAUUUCUAAUCUCAAUCACGGACUCGGGGAGGGAAAUUUCUAAUUUGGUGCGUGCGGAGCGGUCCGCAGGGGAUACUCUUGGCUCAGUCAAGUCCCUUCCCCGGCCGCUUCUCUUUCUGCCCCGCUCCUCUCCCUCCCCCACCCCUGCUCGCCCCCCUUUUUUGAGGGUGAGGGCUGAUUUUUUUUUUCCAAUUUUUUUUUUUUUUGUGGUAGUUAACUAUUAUCAGCACUAAUUUCUCCGGACUCGCAAUGUUGCGAUGAUCAUGGCCGCACAAGUCGCAGCGGCUCCGGCGGGUGCGAACAACAGCAAGGGCAAAGCCCCGAGCCUGCCGGGCGGCCUGGGCCCGGAGCGGGGCCCGGGGGGGGCCGCCGCCGCCGCCGCCGCGGGGGCUCCCGGGCCGGGCCCCGCGCUGGGGGUCGGCGAGGGGAGCCCGGCCGGCGGCAGCAGCAGCAGCGGCAGCGUGAAUAAUGUAGAUCACCAUCUCCUCCACCACCACAGCGAGCCGCUGAACAUGGCCAAUAACGCGGCUCCCGCCGCUGCCGCCGGUAACAACAACAACGCCAGCGGCGGCGGCGGCGGCUCCUCCUCGGAGCCGGCUCUGAAGGAAGGUGGAAGCUCCUCGGCGUUAUCUUCAUCUUCUUCGUCUUCUUCCUCCUCCUCCUCCUCCUCCUCCUCCUCCUCCAACCCGGGCUCGGCCAUGGAGACGGGGCUGCUCCCCAACCACAAGCUGAAGAGCGUCGGAGGCGAUCACCCCGCCGCGCCGCCCCACCACCACCAUGCCCACCACCCGCAUCACCAUGCCCACCACCACCAUGCCCACCACCCGCACCACCACCACCAUGCACUACAGCAGCAGCUAAAUCAAUUCCCGCCGCCGCCGCCGCAGCAGCCGCCGCCUCAGCACCAUCCCGUGCAGAAUAACAACAGCAGCCUCGGCGGCGGCGGCGGCGGCAGCGGCAGCAACAACAACGGCGGUGGCGGUGGCGGCGCUGCUCAGCCCAGUGCAGACAUGGAGCAGCAGCAACAUGGAGGAAAAGACAGUGUUUUGGGCGCUCAGGCCGAGCCCCCCCAGCAGCCGCAGCAAAUGCUGAAUAAAGGCGCCGACGAGGAGGAGAUGCCCGGCAAGAUGGGCGAGCCCAUCGGCGGCCGCUACGAUCACCCCGGCUUGGGACCCCUGGGCGGACAGCAGCAGCCCCAGCAGCCGCCCCCGAGCGCUGGGAGCGGCGGCGGCGGCGGCCUCGGCGGCGGCGGGAGCGGGGGAGGCGGCGGCGGCCCCUCCGCGGUGGGUGUCUCGGAGUUCAAUAGCUAUUAUGGCAACGCUGCCCCUGCCCCUGCCAGCAGCGCUACGGCGAGCCGCGCCGGGCCUUGCUUUGAUCAACAUGGCGGACAACAAAGCCCCGGGAUGGGGAUAAUGCACCCCACGGCGGCCCCCAACAGCAUGGACCCCCUGCAAAACUCCCACGAAGGUUACCCCAACAGCCAGUACAACCACUACCCGGGCUACGGCCGCGGCCCCGGCGGCGGCGGCGGCGGCGCGGGCGGCGGCGGCGCGGGAGCCGUGGCGGCGGCGGCGGCGGCGGCGGCCGCCGGGGCAGGCGGCGGCGGCGGCUACGGGGGCUCCGCGGCGGGCUACGGGGUGCUGAGCUCCCCGCGGCAGCCGGGCGGCGGCAUGAUGAUGGGCCCCGGCGGCGGGGCCGGCCUCGGCAAGGCUGCUGCCGGCGCGGCGGCGGCAGCGGCCGGCGGCUUCGCGCGGUUCUCCGGGCAGAACCAGCACCCGUCCGGGGCCACCCCUACCUUGAACCAGCUGCUCACGUCCCCCAGCCCCAUGAUGCGGAGCUACGGCAGCAGCUACCCCGACUACAGCAGCCCCAGCGCCCCGCCGCCGCCGCCGCAGCCCCAGCCCCAGGCAGCGGCGGCCGCCCCGGGAAGCCAGCAGGCAGCGGCGGGCAUGGGCAUGGGCAAGGACAUGGGCGCCCAGUACGGAGCGGCGAACCCGGCCUGGGCAGCGGCGCAACAAAGGAACCACCCGGCGAUGAGCCCUGGCAACACCGGGCAGGCCAUCAGCCGGACCCAGGGCAGUCCAAUGGAUCCAAUGGUCAUGAAGAGACCUCAGUUGUACGGCAUGGGCAAUAACCCUCACUCUCAGACGCAGCAGAGCAGCCCCUACCCCGGGCAGUCUUACGGCCCUCCUGGCCCUCAGCGCUAUCCCGUGGGAAUGCAGGGCCGAGCCCCGGCGGCCAUGGGAGGAAUGCAGUAUCCACAGCAACAGAUACCGCCUCAGUAUGGUCAGCAAGGUGUAAGUGGCUACUGCCAGCAGGGCCAGCAGCCGUACUACAACCAGCAGCCGCAGCCUCAGCACCUGCCACCCCAGGCACAAUAUCUGUCGCAGGCCCAGCAGAGGUACCAGGCUCAGCAGGACAUGUCUCAGGAAGGCUACGGAACCAGAUCUCAACCCCCGAUGGCCCCAGGAAAGCCUAACCACGAAGACUUGAAUCUAAUCCAGCAAGAAAGACCAUCGAGCUUACCAGUCGAAGUCUUGGCCUCCGAGGAUGCUACAUUUGGACACAAGGAUUUAUCUGGAUCCAUUGACGACUUGCCGACUGGAACCGAAGCAACCCUGAGCUCAGCCGUUAGUGCGUCAGGCUCUACGAGCAGCCAAGGGGAGCAGAGCAACCCUGCACAGUCUCCGUUCUCCCCUCAUGCUUCUCCACAUCUCUCUGGCAUCCCCGGGGGCCCAUCGCCUUCCCCUGUAGGCUCUCCUGUUGGAAGCAACCAGUCAAGAUCUGGUCCCAUUUCUCCAGCAAGUAUUCCAGGCAGUCAGAUGCCACCGCAGCCUCCUGGCAGCCAGUCAGAAUCCAGCUCCCACCCUGCCUUGAGCCAGUCACCAAUGCCACAGGACCGAGGUUUUAUGGCAGGCAUACAAAGGAACCCCCAAAUGUCACAGUAUGGACCUCAGCAAACUGGACCUUCCAUGUCACCACACCCCUCACCUGGAGGCCAGGUGCAUCCUGGAAUCGGUAGCUUUCAGCAGAGUAAUUCAAGUGGUACUUAUGGGCCUCAGAUGAGCCAGUAUGGACCACAAGGAAACUACUCCAGACCACCGACAUACAGCGGCGUGCCCAACACAAGUUACAGUGGCCCAGGACCUGGCAUGGGUCUAAAUGCCAACAGUCAGAUGCAUGGACAGGGGCCAAGCCAGCCUUGCGGUACCAUGCCCCUGGGACGGAUGCCAUCAGCUGGGAUGCAGAGCAGACCAUUUCCUGGAAACAUGAGCAGUAUGACCCCCAAUUCUCCUGGCAUGUCUCAGCAGGGAGGCCCAGGGAUGGGCCCACCCAUGCCAACUGUGAAUCGUAAGGCACAGGAGGCGGCUGCUGCAGUGAUGCAGGCUGCUGCAAACUCCGCUCAGAGCAGGCAAGGCAAUUUUCCUGCCAUGAAUCAGAGUGGUAUUAUGGGAUCCAGCUCCCCCUAUACUCAGCCGAUGAACAACAGCUCUGGCUUGAUGAACCCGCAGGCUCCUCCUUACAGCAUGGCACCUAACAUGGUGAACAGUUCAACAGGUAAUGCACCUAUGGGUCUUGCAGAUAUGAUGACACCCGGUGAGUCCAAACUACCCCUUCCUCUCAAAGCAGAUGGCAAAGAAGAAGGACCCCCUCAACCCGAGAGCAAGUCAAAGGAUAGCUACAGCUCUCAGGGUAUUUCUCAGCCCCCAACCCCAGGCAACCUGCCAGUCCCUUCCCCAAUGUCCCCAAGCUCUGCUAGCAUCUCCUCAUUUCAUGGAGAUGAAAGUGAUAGCAUUAGCAGCCCAGGCUGGCCAAAGACUCCAUCAAGCCCUAAAUCAAGUUCCUCUACCACAACUGGAGAGAAGAUCACAAAAGUCUAUGAACUAGGAAACGAGCCGGAGCGCAAGAUGUGGGUGGAUCGGUACCUCACGUUCAUGGAGGAGAGGGGCACGCCCGUGGCCAGUCUGCCAGCCGUGGGCAAGAAGCCCCUGGACCUGUUCAGGCUCUAUGUCUGCGUCAAAGAGAUUGGAGGUUUAGCACAGGUUAAUAAAAACAAGAAGUGGCGUGAGCUGGCAACCACCUUGAACGUUGGCACUUCAAGCAGCGCAGCCAGCUCCCUGAAAAAACAAUACAUUCAGUACCUGUUUGCCUUCGAGUGCAAGAUUGAGCGAGGGGAGGAGCCCCCUCCAGAAGUCUUCAGCACUGGAGAUACUAAGAAACAACCUAAGAUUCAGCCGCCAUCUCCUGCUAAUUCUGGUUCCUUGCAAGGCCCACAGACUCCACAGUCUACUGGUAGUAAUUCCAUGACAGAAGUGCCAGGCGAUUUGAAGCCCCCAACACCAGCAUCAACACCUCAUGGACAGAUGACACCUAUGCAGGGUGGCAGAAACAGCGCAGUUAGUGUGCAUGAUCCCUUUUCUGAUGUAAGUGAUUCAGCAUUCCCGAAGCGAAACUCCAUGACGCCAAAUGCACCAUACCAGCAGGGAAUAAACAUGCCAGAUAUGAUGGGAAGGAUGCCAUAUGAGCCGAACAAAGAUCCUUUCGGUGGAAUGAGAAAAGUGCCUGGAAGCAAUGAGCCUUUCAUGACCCCUGGACAAAUGCCUAACAGUGGAAUACAAGAUAUGUAUAACCAGAGUCCAUCUGGAGCAAUGUCCAACAUGAGCAUGAGCCAGCGACAGCAGUUCUCUUAUGGAAGUGGCUAUGACAGGAGGUCGGAUCAUGGGCUGGGUCCUGAAGGCAGUAUGGGACCACCUGGUCAAAGCAACAUGGUGCCUUCAAACAGUGACCCAAGCAUGUACUCUCCUAAUCGUUACCCUGGCCAGCAAAGGCAUGAACCAUAUGGGCAGCAGUAUCCAGGACAAGGACCUCCCUCAGGACAGCCACCAUAUGGAGGACAUCAACCUGGAAUGUAUCCACAGCAGCAGAACUACAAGCGACACAUGGAUGGCAUGUAUGGGCCUCCCGCCAAACGCCAUGAAGGGGAUAUGUACAACAUGCAGUAUGGCAACCAGCAACAGGAAAUGUAUAACCAGUACAGCAACGCUUACACGGGGCCUGACAGGAGGCCCAUGCAAGGACAGUAUCCGUAUCCAUAUAACAGGGAGAGGAUGCAGGGCCCAGGACAAAUGCAGCAGCAUGGAAUACCUCCCCAGAUGAUUGGUGGCCCCAUGCAGUCAUCAUCCUCCAGCGAAGGUCCUCAGCAGAACAUGUGGCCAACACGAAAUGAUAUGCCUUACCCUUACCAGAAUAGGCAAGGUCCAGGAGGCCCUGCACAGGCCCCACCGUAUCCAGGGAUGAAUCGCACUGAUGAUAUGAUGGUACCUGACCAGAGGAUAAACCACGAGAGUCAGUGGCCUUCUCACGUCAACCAACGUCAGCCUUCUUAUAUGUCAUCCUCAGCCUCCAUGCAGCCUAUCACUAGACCUCCUCAGUCAUCUUACCAGACGCCACCCUCUAUGCCAAACCACAUCUCUAGAGCUCCAAGUCCAGCAUCCUUCCAGCGCUCUUUAGAAAACCGUAUGUCUCCAAGCAAGUCUCCUUUCCUGCCCUCCAUGAAGAUGCAAAAAGUUAUACCCACAGUUCCAGUGUCACAGGUCACAGGACCUCCACCCCAACCACCACCGAUUAGGCGAGAAAUUACCUUCCCCCCGGGCUCUGUAGAAGCAUCCCAACCAGUCUUAAAACCAAGACGAAAGAUUACCUCAAAAGAUAUUGUAACUCCUGAGGCCUGGAGAGUGAUGAUGUCUCUUAAAUCUGGUCUUUUGGCUGAAAGUACCUGGGCGCUAGACACUAUUAAUAUUCUUCUGUAUGAUGACAGCACUGUUGCUACUUUCAACCUCUCUCAGUUGUCUGGAUUUCUUGAGCUUUUAGUAGAAUAUUUUAGAAAAUGCCUGAUUGACAUUUUUGGAAUCCUUAUGGAGUACGAAGUGGGAGAUCCAGGCCACAAAGCACUUGAUCACAAAGCAGCCAAGAAGGAUGAUAGCCAGUCCUUGGCAGAGGAUACCGGAAAAGAGGAGAACGACGAAUGUAUUGACUAUUUUGAUGAAGAUGAGGAGGAGGGGGAGGAUGAAAAGGUAGAAGGAGAAGAAAAGAGCAUUGUUUUUUCCACUCCUGGUGCCAUUGCUGAUCCAAGUGAGAGGCCAAAACAAGCCAGUAAAUUUGACAAGCUGCCAAUAAAGAUUGUAAAGAAAAAUAAUCUAUUUGUUGUUGACCGAUCUGACAAACUUGGACGCGUUCAGGAAUUUGAUAGUGGACUUCUCCACUGGCAGCUUGGCGGUGGUGACACAACCGAGCAUAUCCAGACUCACUUUGAAAGCAAGAUGGAGAUUCCUCCGCGCAGGAAAGCCCCUCCUCCCUCGAACUCUCCAAGCAAAAAGAAGGACCUCGAGGGGAAAGGUGAAUCUGAGGAACAAACAGAAAAAAGUAUAACAGCAACCAUUGAUGAUGUCCUCUCAGCUCGGCCAGGAGCAUUGCCUGAAGACUCAAACUCUGGUUCCCAACCAGAGAGCAGUAAAUUUCCCUUUGGGAUCCAUCAAGCCAAAAGCCACCGGAAUAUUAAACUGCUAGAGGAUGAGCCAAGGAGCCGGGAUGAGACUCCUCUAUGCACCAUAACUCACUGGCAAGACUCCUUGGCCAAACGCUGCAUCUGUGUGUCAAAUAUCGUCCGUAGCUUGUCCUUUGUGCCUGGCAAUGACACCGAAAUGUCCAAACAUCCAGGCUUGGUGCUGAUCCUGGGAAAGUUGAUCCUUCUUCACCAUGAGCAUCCAGAAAGAAAGCGAGCGCCGCAGACUUACGAGAAGGAGGAAGAGGAGGACAAAGGGGUGGCCUGCAGCAAGGAUGAGUGGUGGUGGGACUGCCUCGAGGUCUUGAGGGAUAAUACAUUGGUCACAUUAGCCAACAUUUCUGGGCAGCUAGACUUGUCUGCUUACACAGAAAGCAUCUGUUUGCCAAUUUUGGAUGGCUUGCUGCACUGGAUGGUGUGCCCGUCGGCGGAGGCACAGGAUCCUUUUCCAACCGUGGGGCCCAACUCAGUUCUUUCGCCUCAGAGACUUGUGCUGGAGACCCUGUGUAAGCUCAGUAUCCAGGACAAUAAUGUGGACCUUAUCUUGGCCACCCCCCCAUUCAGUCGUCAGGAGAAACUCUAUGCUACUUUAGUUAGGUACGUUGGGGACCGCAAAAACCCGGUCUGCCGAGAAAUGUCCAUGGCGCUUUUAUCGAACCUUGCCCAGGGGGACACAUUAGCAGCAAGGGCAAUAGCUGUGCAGAAGGGAAGCAUCGGAAACUUGAUAAGCUUCCUGGAGGAUGGGGUCACUAUGGCCCAGUACCAGCAGAGCCAGCAUAACCUCAUGCACAUGCAGCCUCCACCUCUGGAGCCACCUAGCGUAGACAUGAUGUGCAGGGCAGCCAAGGCCUUGCUGGCCAUGGCUAGGGUGGACGAGAACCGCUCAGAGUUCCUUUUGCACGAGGGUCGUUUGCUGGAUAUCUCAAUAUCUGCUGUCCUGAACUCUCUGGUUGCAUCUGUCAUCUGUGAUGUACUUUUUCAGAUCGGGCAGUUAUGACAUAAGUGAGAAGCCAAGCAUGUGUGAGUGGAGAUUAGAGGGUCACAUAUAACUGGCUGUUUUCUGUUCUUGUUUAUCCAACGUAGGAAGAAGGAAAAAAAAAAAAAAAAAAAAAGAAUCUUUGCUCCUCUGCCCCAUUCACUAUUUACCAAUUGGGAAUUAAAGAAAUUAUUAAUUUGAACAGUUAUGAAAUUAAUAUUUGCUGUCUAUGUGUAUAAGUACAUCUUUUUAUUUUAUUUUUUUUAACCAAAGUUGCUGUCUAGUACAUUCAAAGGUCACACUUUUUUUUUUCCAUAGAUUAUCCUUUUCAAUGUUCUUUUCCAUGUUUGUAUUGCAUAUUUUUUGGGAAGCGAACUAGUGACUUUUUAAAAAAAAAAUGUUAUGGCAAACCAUUGUACGAUGGGAAAAAAAAAAUCUCACCACUUUGAAACAAAAAGGUGAAAAAUAACCAACGUACCAAGUUCCUGUGUGUUUUAUUUUUUCAAAUAAGGAAAAAAUAAAAAAAAACUUGUAUACCAUCACCCAAAGCUCUGUGCAAUAGAAGAUUCUAGUGAUGUAGGUGUAGGGGAUCAAGGAGGGUGUCAGUCAGUAGUCAAAACGCAAAACGAUACUGGUUUCUCCUCAGGAGAAAUGGUUACAUUAGGCUAGGAGCAAAACAAAACAAAAAAGUCAAGUUAUAAGAUUUUUAAACAAAACCUGAUGAUAAACAUCAAUUGCUUCCUCACCAGAACUGUCUUGUCUACAUCUGGUUUUUUUUGACCUUCCACAAUGACAGUUCUUCACAAUUCCUUUAAUCUUUUUUUUUUUAAAUAUUUUUUUAUUGCCUAAGGGCCGUGAUGUAUAUAGAAGUUGUACAUUAAACAUACCCUCAUUUUUUUUUUUUUAGUACAAAGUUUUUAGUUUCUUUUUCAUGAUGUGGUAUCUACAAAGUGAUAGUAGAAUUAUUUUUUCUUUCAUUUGGGCCAUAUCUCCAAAAAAUAAUAAAAAAAAAUGAAAAAAGAAAAAACCCAACACAGAAAACCAACAACUGAGGGUAAUGUACAAGUUUCUGUAUGUAUAAAGUCAUGCUCUAUUUCGGGAGAGCAGCCGAUCACAAUUUGCUUUAUAAAUCAAGGUGUGGAAAUGGUUACGUAUGGAUUGAUUUAAGAAAAUGGUUACCAGUCUACAGUCAAAAAAAUAUAUACAGGAAAAAAAAAAAAGGAAGAAACACAACUUCAAAGAUUUUUCAGUGACAAGAAUCUGCAUUUGUAUUUCAAGAUAAUGUAGUUAAAAAAAGAAAAAACUUGAUGUAAAUUCCUCCUUUUCCUCUGGCUUAAUGAAUUUCAUUUAUUCAGUAUAAAAUCUUUAUAUGUUCCACAUGUUAAGAAUAAAUGUACAUUAAAUCUUGUUAAGCACUGUGA